AGCCAGCCACCUUUGUUUGUGUUAUAACCGAUGAGUCUUGGCCUCAGACCGACGCAAAAUCUUCACAAAACCUAUCGCACUAUUGCACCCAUCAAAUCGCAGAGCGACGAGAUUUUUGUGAGAUUAAGGAGAAGCGAGGAUGGCGGCCACGGUGAGCGCUUGGGGGAAGCCAGGAGCCUGGGCUUUGGAUUCGGAAGAAAACGAGGCGGAACUCCUCCAGCAACACAAGAAAGAUUCUUCCCUGGAUAACGGCGGUGAAGCGGCGGACUUUCCAUCACUCGCGGCUGCCGCCACCUCUAAAACUAAGAAGAAAAAGCCGCAGGCAAUAUCUCUUCAGGAAUUCUCCGCAUACGGCGGGCCUAAGCCGGCGGCGUCUCAGCAGAAGGGCUUGACGCCCGAUGAGCUGUUGCUUCUUCCUACCGGCCCACGUCAGCGGUCCCCUGAGGAGCUCGAUCGUAAUAAGCUCGGUGGAGGCUUUAGAUCUUACGGUGGCGGCGCCAGGGAUGAACAGCCGCGCCGUCAAGGAAGCUUUAAUCGGGAGUCGAAUCGUGACUUUGCGCCUUCUAGGGCUGAUGAGACUGAUGAUUGGGGGGCGGGGAAGAAAUUCUCGGGUAAUAAUGGGUCUGACAGGAGGGAGAGGGGAGAAAGAGGGGGUUUCUUCUCUGAUUCACAAUCGCGAGCAGAUGAGGUUGACAAUUGGGCGUCGAAAAAGAGUUUUGUUCCCUCUGAGCCCAGGAGAUAUGAAAAAAGAGGAGGAUUUGGAUUGGAAUCGGGUAAUGGUGGGGCGGACUCGAGUAAUUGGGUGAAAAGGAAAGAAGAGGAGGGGCGCAAGACUGGUGGAGCUUUUGAUAGUUUGAGGGAGAGGAAAGGGGGCUUUGAGUCGAAUAGGGUGGAUUCUGAGAGUUGGGGAAGGAAAAGAGAGGAAGGGAAUGGUGGCAGUAGGCCGAGGUUGAAUUUGCAGCCAAGAACACUGCCUGUGGAUGAAGGCCAAAAGAAUGAGAUUGCUAGUGCAGUUAAGCCUAAGGGGAGCAAUCCAUUUGGUCAAGCUAGGCCGAGAGAGGAGGUGUUGAAGGAGAAGGGACAAGAUUGGAAGGAGAUUGAGGAGAAGCUCGAGUCUGUGAAGAUUAAGGAUGUUUCUGCAGGGCCCACUGAUGGGCCAGCGGUUGGGAAAAGGAGCUUUUGGAGUGAAAAUGGGAGAGAGAGGUUGCAACAGGAAGAUAAGACUGAGAGGUCUUGGAGGAAGCAGGAAGCAGUUGAUUCUCGUCCUCAGAGUGCUGGUGAAACUGAAAAUGGAAAUGGAAAUGCUGGUGAUCCAGAAGCGAGAGAUUCUCAGGAAUGAUGCUUAGCUGAUCAGCUUUAGCAGUGAAGAGAAAGCAUUGGAUGCAGCAUAGGAAGAGUCAAACUCAUAAGAUUUUGUUCUUACCAUAUUUUCAUGUAUCUUGGAGUAAUAUGAUUGCAAUGGACUAUAUAGAGCAAUUUUGGUAGGCUUACAGGUAGAAUUUUUCUUUUAGAUCAAUGCCAUAUGGCUUUGUUGUACUUGGUGUGUGGUAACAACAGAACUUGUCCAAUGUUAUUAAGUUCUUUGGCUGUGUGGAUCCCUGAGAUGAUGUUCUUUAUUCAGACUGAAACAAAAUAUAGUUGUUCUUUCUAUGAUA